AUUUUGAUCAACUUUCUCAUGAAAUACGUCAGAAAGAGGUCAAAAUAAGACAACUGAAUAAAUUUCAACUUUUUUUAAUGUUUGGAAUUGAAAAUUGAAUUUUUUCAAAUUUUGAUUUUUUGUGAUGAGUUAUUUCAUUGAGUAAAAUGGGUUUUCAACUUUUUUAACGGAUACCUAUGUAAAAAUAGGUGCCAAAUGGGUCAACUUCACCCGUCAAAAUUUUUUUUCAUGUUUUAAAUCAAAAAAUCGCAUUUUUUGUAAAUUUUCAAUUUUUUAAAAUCGAUUUCACGAAAUAACGCCAUCUUAAUUUCUUAAUAAUUAUGUUGUUCACAGUUCAGCAUCAAAAGUUGUCCAUAAUAUAUUUUUUUUUAGAAUUUUUGAGAGUCGCAACGAUAUGAAAACUACGUUUUGAAACUUUUCGAGCUAAUUUUUCGUACGAAAAAAGUGCCAACACUGAUUCUUAUGAUAUCAGCAAAAUGCCUUUCAAAACCUCUUACUAUCGGAAAAAGUUCCAUUUUGAUAGGUAUCGCGGUUAUCGAGUAAUCCACUGCUGAAAUGAUUUCAUGUUCACUGAAAACUUUGACACCCCCUGGCAUGGCAGCCUUUAGAAGAGGAUACCUUAUCUUCAGAGUCACAAAAGGUAACUCAAGUUAGGUGUUUUCCUGCAUGGGAAAGAAGGGAAUUGGGCGAGGCUUGAUGAGUGGGGGUGCGGGGAUGAAGUCCCCUCGUGAACACGAAAAAAAAAUCCGAAAAAUCUUCACGCAUACCUACAUAUUUACCUACAGGUAACCAGAUAUCGUCUAACGGCAUGGAAAAAAUGUGCAAAUUUUAUUGAAAUUGCCUCUACUCAACCGUAUGUGGGGAAAGGGAGGAUGGGAGAGGAAGUCUAUUAACUACGUUUUAUUACCCUGCACUUCGACGACUAGAACUGGAAACCGGCUUGGCGCCGUUGAACAUGACAAUUCGUUAUCACCUAGUAGCGAAUUUUUUCGUGCGAAUUCAGUCGAGUGUCGAGUGAUUGUGAUCGAUUUGUGUACAACUGGUUGCGAUUGGUGAAAUUUACUCAAGUAUUUUGACUACUUUGAUUAUAUUUUAGUGUUCAAAUACUUCAUAAUUACAUAUCUUUUCAUUAACAGUCUCGAUACGAGAGGUAGUUAAAUGUAAAAACAGCGGCGCAUUAAUUGUAUCGUGCGAGUUGCUGUACGGUGUUCACUUGGUAUUUUGAUUUUGAAAGUUGAUCUACUGAUUGAAUUACUAAUUAUUUAAAUAUUAUUAAGUAAAAUGGAUUUGUGGGGACUUCUCCUCGACGUUAUUAAGGUUUUCCAUACUCCAAAUAAGCUAACCAUCGAUGUAACAACGGAAACAUACACCAAUGCAAGAAGUAUUAAAUCGAACGAUAUAACUGAUUCGGUCCAAGAAAUAAACGAGAAGGUACCACAAGAUUACAUAGACGCCGUUAAACCAGCAUCGCAACUCGGCAAAGAAGCAUGUUUCGAAAUCUUAAAUCAAGCCCAUCGAAAAUACGCCGAGCCUGUGAUUAUACAAGUCUUCAGUGGUAACCCGUCGAGAAUUCAACAGUUUUUCGAAUACGCGCAAGACAAAGUUAAUCUCGAAUUACUCUGCUACGCAAUGGUAACUGGUAUAAUUAAUCGCAAAGACGUGGAUAAAGUUGCUGUAAAAAUACUACUUUCUCACCUGAAUAUUUAUCCAGAAAAGUAUUUCGAUAUGAAUAAAAUCAAUGCCGAUAUUAAAAACAGAAAUUAUAAAAUUCUUAAGGGCAAAACAGGAGAACCAAAAGCGAUAUUUGUGUCCAUAAAUGAUGCUAAGACCUCAACCAAUCGAGAUCCGAAUGUCUACUUCGCAAAAGAUAUAAAACUGAAUUGGCACUAUCGUCAUUGGUAUGAAGUUAAUCCAUUCCUCCAGAAGGAACUCUUCCAAAUGAAUCGAAGUCGAGGGGAAUCGUUUUAUUACGAGCAUCAACAGUUGUUAGCUAGAUACAAUUUUGAAAUGCUGUGCAAUGGAUUACCUGCAGUUCAACCGUCUCAGUUCAAUAUAACAGAUUUGGAAUUCAAACCAGGAAGCGAUGAAAAUUUGUUUGAAGACCUAAGUAGAAGAUAUGAGGAGUCAUUUAUCUCUAAUUUGGGUAAUACAGAUCAAAAGUCAAAGGGAUUAUUGAACAAUAUUUUGCAAGCAGAAACAGCUCUAAGAAAUCCAACGUUUUAUCGUCUGUGCAAACACAUGGAUGACUCAUUUUAUCGAAAGAAAAAUAAUCUGAAACAAUACACUGACGACGAUAUACGAUUCGAAGGUAUUAAUAUUUCAAAAGUAGAAAUACUACCUCAAAUUCUUGAAACUUUUUGGGAGAAAGAUGCGAUUAAUAUCACACAAAAACUGUCACUCUCUCAGUUUAAAAAAGUUUACGCCGUUCAUACUCACUUACAAUAUAAAGAAUUCGAAUACAAGAUUCAGGUUGAAAAUAACUUCACUGAAAAUGUCUUAGGCACGGUGAGAAUUUUCCUAGCUCCACAUUCAAAGUACAAAAUUGCAUACAAGGAAAAACGACGAACAUUUGUGGAAAUGGAUAAGUUCGUAGUCAAUUUUACUGCCAGCCAAACCACCUUUAUCACACGUAAAUCAGGAGAGUCUUCGGUGGUCAAUGGAACAUGUGGCUGGCCUCAGCACCUACUCGUCGGUAAAGGUACAGCAGAAGGUUUUCCAUGUGAUUUGUUUGUAAUUAUCACAAGAAAUGACAAAGAUGAGACUGAAGACGACCGCAGACCAUUGGGAUUCCCAUUUGAUCGCGAUAUGAAAAGAGAUGCAACUGAAAUUGAUAUUUUAAACACACAAUUUGAGAAUAUCAAGUUGACACAAAUUCAAAUAAAACACCGAGCAGAAACAAAAUGCAGCCAAACACUGAAGGGUUUGGGAUACUCUGAACAGUGAUUGAGCAAUCCAGAUGAAGCUUACAGAAUAUUAUUCAAAGAUUCUUUCAAAUUGGAUUAUUUUUUAUUUUAAUUACCUAAGUUUUUUUUCCAAUUUUUUUAUGGUAUUAAAAAUAUAUAUGUUUAAUCUUA